AUGCCGACCUCACUGUACAACGAAGGUGCGACGCGCAAUUCCUUCGUCGUCGACCUCGCCCAUGAGGUGGCAGAGUACUACCCCGACGUCCGUCGCACCUCCUUCCCCGGCUUGAGUGCCGGCAGCAUCCCAAGUAACCUUAGCUACGCACCGGGAACCUCCGUGCUGCACGGCAACCUGCACAGCGAGACGCCCGUGCGAGGAACAACCCCCUUCGAAAGCACGCCAGAGAGUGCGAGUUGUAGCAAACUGAGUGGUCCUUCUGCAUUCCAGCCAGUGCAGGUGGCUGCGACGCGCCGAUGGUCGUACGCCUCGGAUGAGGCGGACACGGCGAAGGUGCAGCCGAUGCACUCGACGGAGUUCUCUAGUGGAGAGGAGCACGUUGAGGACAGCGCAGAGGACGACGAGGAAACCGCGGAGAGCGACUGCAGCUCCGACAGCCUGGAUGAGGAGAGCAUAGACGAUGAGGGAGAAGGCGCAGGGGAAAAGCACAGAAUCGACCGAAAGAAACACAGAAACGUCGACGAAGAGUCAGUCAGCGGCGACAGCGAUGACAGUAGCGUUAGCGCGGAGGGAGACGGCGAGAGGAGUGUACAGUCAGGCACCAAAACGGCCCCCUGGACUCGUCUCCAAUCGAACCUCGCCGGCGUUGAAGGCGUCGGCGUCUACGGCGUCGACGACUUCCCACCUACUCCGUCUGCGACUCCAUCAAGCGGGGGUAGCUCUUCCAACACGGAACCGAGCAGCAGCAGCGGCGGCACCGCCUCCACCACGGACACGGACAUUGACACGGACACCACUGCCGCUACCACCACUACUGCGACCACGACCGCUGCGACGACCUCAGAGACGAACUCCGUUAGCGCUUUUUCAUCCGCCGUUUUUUAUCCCACGGACUCCUCCACACGGCUGUCGUCCACAGGGAAGAGACGAAACGGGAGUCUGCAGGCUCCUUCCCAAGAAAGGAAAUCACCGCAGCCGCCACAACAGCAGCGACAGCAGCAGGCGGAGGCCACGCACAACGACAUGAGUAUGCCGUUUGUCUUCACCCCCGACGGCAGCUUUGGGGCUUUUCCCUCCCCACCGGAUGAAGAGGCUUUAGCGAUGGAGGUGGCAGCAGCAGCAGCAGCAGCAGCAGCAGCAGCAGCCGAAGAAGGCGACGCCCUGCAGCAGUCGAUCGUGCUAUCUGAGAUGGGGUUUUCCUACGGCGGCCCCGGCGUCUCCAUCAGUGUCGCACCGCUGGCCUACGCUGGCAACGCGCAGCCGCCGAGCCGACGCCGCUCCCUCACGCGAUCCUGCCUGUCGCACAUGACGAUGUCCGCCCUGCCGCGGCAGUCGUCGGCCAUCGUGUCGAUGCUCUACUCGGCGAUUGAAGGCGGCGCAGGUGCGCAGCAGGGCGGGAAGUCCGCGAUGGAGGGCACAUUCCCAUCCACCAUGAUGGACCUCUACGCCCGCACGCCGAGUCAGCUCAACCCACACGGCGCCGGCGCCACAGCACUAGCGCCGGCGGGGGCGCGCAGACGGCGCACCGGUAGUGAUGACAGCACAGAGUCGGGCAGCAGCGGCGUCACCUCCAGCUUCCCCAGCGACAGCGACGACGGCGGGGAGGAGCAAUCGUCCUUCUUCACGCCGGCGCAUGGUGCUAAGCGGAAGAAGCGCGGCGGGAAGCGGGUGGAUGGCAACGGUGACGAAGAGAGGAGCACACCGCACUGCCCUCUCUACGCCGCGGGCAGCGGCUUCUCCCCUCGGCAAAACGUGCGAGUUCUGCGCGGUGACUUCAAAGCCGACGACGCGAGUCUGGACAGCCGCGAGUUGGCGAAGGCAACGCAGAAGUCGGCGGCGACGGACAACGCGGGUACCGCCGCCUCUCCGGCACCACCGUCGCUCGCUGCGAAGACGCCCUCCGCUUCUCCGAUGGGCACCACGCCCGAGCCGAGUGGCCGCAACGCUAGCAGCAAUGCCACCAGUGGUGGUGCUAGUCCUGGACCGGCUGCCGCUACUGAUGCGGUGCGUCGAUGCUCCUCCGGCAACGCCUUCAUGAGCUUCCUUCGCGGCAACGCAGCCCUCCUCGGGAAGAGCACGGCGUCCACGACACUCAGCUCCGCCUGGGGCACCACGCAGGCGCCAAGCGCGUCACAGCAGACAGUGCUGGGCGGGUGGAAGCUGCUCAGCUUCCGCGAGACGGACGACGCGCCUUUGACGAACACGGAGAGCGUGCCGCACGACAAGGCGAAGCGAAAGAAGAACAAAAAGGCAAAGAAGGGGAAGAAGAGCAACGGCAGGCGGCACAAGAAGCCACCGGCGACGGCGGCAGAAGGGGAGAGGGGCGACGCGGCGGAAGUGGGGGAUGCGCGGCGGCAGGAGGAGCCGGAGAGCCACGAUGGCAUCGGCCGCAAUACCGCGGAUGCGGGACAGCCUAUCACUCCAUCGCCUCCGCAGCCGGUGCUGCAGCAGCGAGCUCAAGCGCAGAGCCCCACCACGCACGGAGGUGGUGGAGGCGAACGGGGUGACGGGACGAAGCUCGACAACGGUGAGGCAGGUGCUGGGGCCUACGGUGGCCAUGCACAGGCACAGCGGGUAGGCAGCGCACCGGGCAACACCCACACGAAAGCUACGAGCAGCACAGACGCCGUCACACCCGGCGAAACGGUAGGCCGCGGCUCCCCUGGCAAGGACGGCUCGCCAACCUCGCCGGAGGGGCAGCAGCAGGCAUGGCCGGCAUCACCGUCGGCCCUCCCACCCCUCACAACCAGCGCCGCUCACAGCAAGCUGCGUGUGGUCCGGCUGCCGCUGCGGCAGGCCGCGUCAACCUCGCCCGCAACGGCGUCGCGCACGACCUCACCGGCCCGCCCGUCUUCCUCGGACGCCACGGAGGCUAAAAAUGGAAACAACACGGACGGCAGCAACGCAAACGGCGAAACCGGUCAGCCAAUCCGGCGGCCGACGUCAGGGCCGUCCACCGCAACGGCGGCAUCAACCACCACCACCACCACCACCUCAGGGGCUAAAACGACGACCACGACUAAUAGCAACAACGCUGUCCUCAAGAAAACGGCGGAGCGUUUUGACAAGUUCAAGGAGGCGCCGAUGACGAGUCCGUCUGCCACGCUACGGCGCACCACCGUCCGCGCCGCUGGCAAGCAGAAGGUGGUGAUGAACCCGUCGCGUCGGGUGAACCUCGGCACCGUCGAGACGACCACACUGGGGGUGCGCCGCUUUCGGCCGAAUGCGGACACGCGGCUAAGAGGGGUGAUGCCGCCGUCCUCGUCGAAGCCGCGCGCUGGAUCGGGCUUGCAUAGUGGCACCGCCGCGACGAAGCCAUCCCCGCCGCCGGAGCGCCUGCCUCCUCUGUAG